AUGGUCAAAAGGUUCUCUGCACAGAGGGCCCUGGAAUUGAUUUUGGAAAAGAGAGAAGUUUUUGAUGAUGAUGUAGAGCGAGAGGAUUCAGAAGAAGAGCUUUCAGAAUUUGAGGAUCAUAUUUCUAAAAAUUCAGAGUCUGACAGUGACUCUGAAGAAGCUGAUGAGAUUGAGCAUCAGCUAUUUCUAAAACGAAGACGAGCCACAGCACCAAGCCAUCAGCAGCCAGCACCGGGACCAGAACAAGACAGUCAGCAUGGAGCAAGUGAGGAAAUAUGGAUGUCAAAAAAUUCUGAAAUUGAAUGGUAUUCUCGCCCAAGAAAAGAGCCACCCCGCAAGGCUGCCAAUGUGAUAAAGAUGCAACCAGGGCCAACACGGAUGGCAGUUACUCACACACAGGACAUCAAGUCUUCUUUUGAGCUUUUCAUCCCAGAUUCCAUCCAGAAAAUUAUUCUUGACAGCACUAAUUUAGAAGGAAGACGUGUUUUUGGAGAGAGGUGGAAGGAAAUGAACCAAACCCAUUUACAUGCCUACUUGGGGGUUCUUAUCCUUGCUGGAGUUUUCAGGUCCAAAGGGGAAUCCGCAGAAUCCCUGUGGGAUGCAGAAACUGGCAGAGAGAUUUUCCGUGCAACAAUGUCUCUGGAAAACUUUCACAUAAUUUCCAGGAUUAUCUGCUUUGACAACCGAGAUGACAGACCAGCUCGACGGCAGAGAGACAAACUAGCUGCCAUCAGGACAGUGUGGGACAAGUGGGUGCGCCGCCUCCCCCUGCUGUACAACCCUGGGCCAAAUGUCACCAUUGACGAACAGCUGAUGCCAUUUAGGGGCCGCUGCCCCUUUCGGCAGUAUAUACCAUCUAAACCUGCAAAGUAUGGUAUAAAGAUCUGGGCUGCCUGUGAUGCCAUUUCCUCAUAUGCUUGGAACUUACAAGUCUACACAGGGAAACCUGAUGGAGGAGUUUCCGAGAAAAACCAAGGAAUGAGAGUUGUCAUGGACAUGUCUCAGGGACUCAGAGGACACAACAUCACAUGCGACAAUUUUUUUACCUCGCACAAGUUGGGACAGGAGCUCCUAAAGAGGAAGCUGACCAUGGUGGGAACAAUACGGAAAAACAAGUCAGAGCUCCCUCCUCAACUGCUGACUUCCAAGAACAGGCCUGUCAUGUCUUCCAAGUUUGCGUACACGGCUGACACAUCCCUGGUAUCCUAUGUGCCAAAGAAAGGCAAGAAUGUGGUACUCAUGAGUACACUGCACAGGGAUGGAAGAAUCUGUGACCAGGAACAUCACAAACCAGAGAUCAUCAUGGAUUAUAAUGCCACAAAAGGAGGGGUAGACAACAUGGACAAGCUGGUGGCGACCUACAGCUGCAAAAGGAGGACUCUACGCUGGCCACUGGUGAUAUUCUUUGACAUGUUGGACAUCUCAGCAUACAACGCCUUUGUCAUUUGGAUGGCACUGAACCCACAGUGGAACAGAGGGAAGCUCCAGAAGAGACGCCUCUUUCUCAAGGAUCUGGGAAAGGCAUUGGUGAGACCACAAAUUGAGGAAAGACAACAUGUCCCCAGAACCCCAGCCUCUGCAGCCUUUGUGAGGAGGAUUCAGGAGGAGAAUGCUAGUGCCCUAUUCACACAAACUACAGAACCACAAUCUGCAGAGCCUGAAGUUGUGAACACCAGUAACAAGAAGAAGCGGUGCGAAGUGUGUGGACCCAAGAUGGACAGAAAAACACAAUAUACAUGCAUCAAGUGCAAAAAGUAUAUCUGCAACACACACACAGAAAAACUCUGCCACUCAUGUGUUGUAUAGGC